CCGUGCUAUUCAGUCCUCCUCGAAACACUCGGCCCAAUCCCCAAAACUUCACCCGAAUAACAACAACCGUUUCCAUUUCCAAUAUGGUCCAACUAUCCGAAGCCGCGAUGAUAACGGCCUCCGAAUCAGUUGGAGCCCUGCCGGCCGGCCAAUACUCCUGGCGGCCACCCUCUCCACCCCAUAUACAUAUACCGCCGAUUCCAGAGGAUGAAGGCCUGGUCCUGCCCCCAUUUAAUGGAUCUCUUCUCGAUGCAGAAAUUAAGGAUCCAGAAAGCAGGGAGAUUCUCAAGAUUAUCACACGAGGUCAUUUCGAAGUCAAGGUGAAAGAAUGGAAGUACGAAUCCCGAAGACAAGCGCAACCCAUACUUGCAUUUUUAUAUCUUGGCCCUUCUAGCGCAGCCAAGAAUAUCGUUGCUUUGAAGGAGGAAGGGAUUACCAUGUUACUGGUUAUCAGGGACACGAGGUCGGCCAUGUCUGGUCUUCUGAGUGGAGAGAAGAUCGCGAAUCAGCUGGGUAUAGAUCAUGCAACUGUUGACGUUGAUGGGAAUGCGGAACUUAUCCAUUCUGGCUUCCCCAACGCCAUCAGCAUCAUCAAUAAUCACCUGAUCUCGAAAUAUCGACAAUAUGCAAACCUUCACCCUUCACCAGAUACCAAGUUUUCUCCGGAUGGCAAACCAACUACCUGGGGGAAGGUUCUCGUAUUUUGCGAAUCUGGAAACGAGCGCUCAGCGGCUGUCGCUGUAGCUUACUUAAUGGCCGUGUACGAUUUGGAUAUGGUGAGAGCGAUCCAGUUUGUCCAAGCGCAACGUUUCUGCAUUGCCUUCGAUGACAAUCUCAAGAACCUAUUGCUCAAUUAUGAGCAAAUACUCGAAGCUCGCAGAUCUGUCUUAGCAGCUCAGCGAGAAGGUUUCUCACUUUCAGACAAACAUGCACCAACAUUGGUUGUUGGGCCCAAGAGAGUCAGAGAUGAGAUUGAUGACGAUACAGAAAUGACCAUGGACAAUAGAGACGAUGGGGCAAGAUUUGAAGGUCGUAGGUCAUUUGCCCCAUUCUACAACUGAUGGUAGCGCGCCAUGACCAUUCAUCUUGGUCAUCGUCUGGAUUCUAUGGGCGGGUUUGAAUUGGCAUAGGAAGGACGUGGUAUAACAUGGCGUUGGGGGAACAGGUUCUGCAUUUAUUCCUGUGGGCUGGCGUUACUGGAUAUACCCAGGUGCAGACAUCACACGCAUUCUAUACUCGCGGAGCACAUCUGACAAUGUGGGAUCCUUUGCCCAUAGCAAUUAGAGUAUAGUGUUAAUACGACAAAAUAAAUUGCUAAGCCGUG